AUGGUGCUCAUAGAGCAGCCAAAGAGGAUGCCUUUCUCUGUGUCGCAAAUGAUCGAUGACUAUGCAUCGGCAUUCUUUUUUGCAAAACACGUAUUUCGAGAAUCUGGUGUUGCUCGUGGUCAUUUUGAGUUUCUUGCUGCAUACACUACAGGCCUGGAUACCAAUGAAACUCUAUUUACAAGCUUGAAAGCAGCUACUCUUGCAGCAUACGGCCUCAAGUUCUGCUACCCAGCGCUUGUACAAAGGUCUAGGAUAUACUACGGUCUUGCUCUCAAUGGCCUACGAACAGCCAUGCAAUCGCUUACAGAAGCGACGAAGAGUACUACGAUUGUCGCGAUGAUGUUACUAGGUACAUUUGAGACACUCAACUGCGAGAACAUCAACUCACUAUCAAGUACGGAUGCACAUAUGAGUGGAGCAAUGAGAUGCAUCUCCUUCCGGGCCAAUCAGAUACUCAAGUCUCACCAUGGGUUACAAUUGUUUUUGCAAACAUCGUGGUGUCGUCUGGUGACCUCCAUACUACGCUCCCGACCAAUACCCGAAGAAUUGAUUGAAACCCGAAGACAGGCCGCCAAGUACUUGUCCACAGAUGACCCCGCUUGGAAGCUUUCAGAGAUCAUGGAAAAGCUGGCCAAAUUUCGUGCUGAGCUGAAGCUGCGCGUACCCUGCGAUAAUAUAGAGGUUGUGAAUAUUGCUGCAGGCUUGGAUCAAGAUUUAUCAACGCUUGCAGAAAAUAUGCCAGUCGAAUGGGACUUUCAACGGAUUUUAGCAGAGCAAGACCCAGAACUAGUAUUUGGGUCAUAUUAUCACGUCUAUCCCGAUCUGUGGAUGGCGUGCAUCUGGAAUUUUAUUCGGGCUUGUCGAUUAGUACUUCUCAAAGAAAUACGUUCUCGAGCUGGGAGUUCCCCUGAUGUGAUCUUGCUGGAUCUCUCGUCCAGGCAUGACUGCAACUAUGCAGAACUGGACACAGUCGUGGAAUUCUUGACUUCUGAAAUUUGCGCUACUGUUCCCCAGUUCUGUGAUUAUCUACAGGACCUUCAUGUCGAGGUGCCCAUUACCAAAACAGAAGUACCGACAACUGCAAGCGUCUACCACCUAUUUUGGCCGCUGUUGAAUGCGGCACAGUCUACAUCAUUGGACAGUCAGCGGUGUUGGAUUAUCGAUCGCUGUCGUAAUAUUGGACAUACUACUGGUAUUCAACAAGUCUUUGCUCUAGCAGACUUCCUGGAAACACGGGAAGACAUUGACUCCUGGGUUGACCGGAAUGAUGAAGAAAAGCUGUCAUCGUUGAAUAUCGGCAGAGGAGCUUGA